AUGGCGAUUCAGCAUAAAAGAGGCGGAGGCCAUCGAGGCAGAGGAUCUAAAAUUGGCCGGGGUAGAGGGCGCAAGUUUGAGACCUCCCGGCUCAAGAAUGUCCGUGAAGAUGAGUCUUCAGAAGGGGAAGAAGUUGUAAAUAUUGAGCCGGCCGAAGAUAUGAACGAUAGCGAAGGGUCUGAUGUGUCCUCCGAGAGUGGCCUCGACGAACCACCGAAGGAGAACUCGUAUAGCACUCUGCUGAAACUACUGAAUACCGGUGCAAAUUCCAAUGAGCCGGCUCGAAAGAAACGAAAGAUAAAGGCCAAUGAACCAGAUACAAACUCGGUGGAGGUCUCGAUACCUACGGCAGAUGAUAUUGAACAAGUGGAUGAAGUUGCUGACACAGAGGCUUCGGCAUCUGAGGACGAAAAUAUGGAUGAUGAAGGCUUACCUGAUGAAGAUGAUGCUGAAGGUCUUGGAACAGAUGGUUGGUGA